GUCAAAAGAUUUUUAUUAUUUGUUGGUUCACAAGGCCAUGUGAGUCCUCACAAGAUAUGUCUCUAAAGCAUUCUCUCUUCACUCUACACCACUCAAUUUGCUUGAGACUGCUUACCAAUGACCAUGAAGCAUUUGCUCUCUAUAAAUACAAAUUCCAAGGGAUAAUAGCUACCCACCCUGAGCCAAUUGCCUAAGCCAUUCCUUGCCAGUCCAGACAGUCAUGGGUUUCCACUUGCAGAGAAUUGCUAAUGCUAAGAGGAGUCUAAAACGUACUCUUUCAUCUUCGGAGACGACAAUGGUGCCUAAAGGCCACUUUUCUGUUUAUGUUGGGGAAGCUGAAAAGAAGAGAUUUGUUGUCCCAAUAUCAUUCCUGAAGCAUCCUUCGUUCCAGAAUUUGUUGAGUCAAGCCGAAGAAGAGUAUGGAUUUAGUCAUCCUAUGGGGGCUUUGACUAUUCCCUGCAGCAAAGAAGCUUUCAUCGAACUCGCCUGCAAUCUACAAAGCUCUUAAGAAGAAAUGACAGAAAAUGUAUGAAAGUGGCUAACCAAGCGGAGACUGAUUCUUUUAGGAAAGCUAUUGUGUAUGGUGGAUUGCUUUCUGCGAUCCCAUGCUCGCCCUUGUAAACUUAAUUGUUUUCUCUAACAAA